UACAAAAUGGCGGCCUCCAGGGUGUUGACGUUUUGGAGGAGUGGCACGAUUGGAAUGAAAAAUUAGCCUCAAAAUCAUUUUAUUCUGAAAAUAACAGUGAGUAUCACAGUUUGAUAACAUCUAAAUGGAUCCGCGGGCUGUCUACGAGAAGAACUCAGAGGAAAUCUCCACCAAUAUCUUCCGAGGCGCCACUGCUGGGGUGGUUCCUCAGGCUCAGCCCGUCAUGGUCGUGGAGAAUGACCACAGCAAGGACAAGAUCACCUUCUUCCAGCGAUUGUCCCCCGACCAAAAGAGCGCAUCGCGUUUCUCCCUGCCGGAUUGGUUUCGCCGUUCCAAAGAUACAUCAGCACCGUCGGAGAAAGAAGCCUCCACAGCAAAGGGGAAAAAGAAGGACUCCUUGCCCCAACCCUUGCACUCUGCCUCCUCCCUUCCGGACCUCCACGCCAAGAGCCAACAGGAGGACAAGCCAGAACCUGUCAAGAAAUCCGAGAGCGGUCUGAAUGCCUCCUUCUUGGCACCGUUGGCUGAGCUGGGACAGAUAUCCUCUCGGCUGAGAAUCGAGGUACCAUGGAAGCAGGAGGUAACCAAAUCAGCCUUCCAGAGCCCCACUCGUCAGGAGCGUCCACUGCCUCAGUCCAGGCUGUCCCUACCCCUCAAGCCUGGUGGCAGCCAGCGUAGCGAGGACUCCGAGUCACGCUCACAGUGGGAGUCCAGCCUUGGGAAUAAGCAGCCGGCUAGGAGUCUGACCACGGUGCUUCGUCAUCUGAGCACCGUGGUGGAUAGAUCUGGCCAGGUACCGCAGGAUUACCGGGACAGCGACUUCAAGCAGUACUGGAUGCCGGACAGUCAGUGCAAGGAGUGCUACGAGUGCGGGGAGAAGUUCACCACGCUGCGACGGCGCCAUCACUGUCGCGUCUGCGGCCAGAUCUUCUGCAGCCACUGCUGCAACCAAGAGGUGCCUGGGAAGUUCAUGGGAUACACUGGAAAUCUCCGCGUCUGUACCUACUGCUGUAAGAUCGUCCUGAGCUAUGCCCAGUCCUCCAUCGGAGAUCUCAAGAUGCUACAAGAGGACUACUUCACCUUGGUGGCCGGGGAGAUGCCUUCCUCCUCAACCACGCCCGACAUCAUGACACCCAGGAAGAAGGCAGCAGACCCCGGCAUGCCGCGCCAGAGGACGUUCAGCAAUGGCAGUACAGAGGGAUGUUUUGACCCGUUUGAGUUGGUGCAAACCCCGACACCGUCCACGCUGGGGAGAUCCUUUGAUAGCGUUGCACAGGAGAGGCAGCAUUUACUGAAGGACUCAGCCCAACUCCACCAGCUGUGGCUGCUGAUCCAGCACCCAUCCAACGGCAUCAUGUUCCAGAGCCAUCGGUUCCGGCUACGCACCUACAGCGACUGCAUUGUGGGGAGUGAGUUGGUGGACUGGCUCCUGCUGAAGGACAAAGCCACACACAGGCUGCAGGCUGUCGCCAUUGGCCAAGCACUACUAGACGCCAAGUGGUUGGAGUGUGCUGCCAGCCAUGAUCGUGUCUUCCACGAUGAGUACGCAUUGUAUCGAGCUGGCAAAACGGCUCUCUCCUCGGCUCAAGGGAAGGAUAUGGACAUCAGUCUGACCGCUGAGGGAGAAUUGGAUGAGAUCGAGGACAGGAUGGAACCCAGCUGGUUCCGAGACAUCAACCAGGAAGAUAAAGGUGACCUGACUGAUGACGACGGCCUGGUGAAAUGUAUGCCGACUCAGUCGGACGAUGCUGAGUUUGUCAAGAAGCACCGGCGGGCCACGUCAGGGGGCGACUCGAUCGGCACGUGGACCAGGGGACUGCGCCCCACCUCCGACCUCUUUACGUCACCCAGCUGUGACAAAGCCGGUGUGGAAACUUUGCAAAGGGAACUCUCUGGACCGUGGGAACAAGAGGGACCUGUGCCGGGCCUUGGAGAAGUCUUUCCAAACGGAGCUCUGUCUACUUUCGGGCUUGACCAGACGGAUCUGGCCCGUGGUCCCAUCCUGGCCCAUGGUUGGCUGGACAUGGACACCGUCAGCCAGGAGAACGGUGAGUUGGAGACCCUGGACACCCUGCGCUCCACCAGCUCCAAGACCCUGGUCAGCCUCGCUGAACAGCAACUGAGAGCCGAGGGGCUGGACCUGAGUUGGAAGGACACCAUCCUGCCACUGGCCCAGAGAAUCUGCUCAUUGGUCAAACCUGACGUGAUGAAUGGCGAUGACAUGGAUAUCCGCCAGUACGUUCACAUCAAGAAGGUUCCAGGCGGUACCAGGGCUGACUGCUUCAUGGUCAAUGGGACCAUCUGUACCAAGAAUGUGGCCCACAAGAAGAUGUCGGGGCACCUGAGCAAUCCCAGAAUCCUCUUGCUGCAGACGGCCAUUGAGCACCAGCGAGUGGAGAACAAGUUCUCGUCCAUCGACCCUAUCGUAUUACAGGAACACGAGUACCUCAAGAACUGCGUUUUACGGAUCGCCUCUUUGAAGCCAGAUAUUCUGAUCGUUGAGAAGACCGUAGCGCGACUGGCUCAGAUGUUUCUCCUCCAUAGUGGCAUCACGUUGGUUCUUAACGUCAAAUCUUCUGUCAUGGAUCGCUUGAGUCGUUGCACAGAGGUCAGUGUGAUUCGGUCCAUUGACCAGGUCAACCAGACCACACCCAUGGGUCAUUGCCUCAUGUUCCGUCUUCAGAGAUAUGAACUACCCAAAGGUUUUUCCAAGACACUGAUGUUCUUUGAGGGUUGCCCCAGCCACCUUGGUUGCUCCGUGGUCCUGAGAGGUGGAGAGCAUGAACAGCUUACUAAGGUGAAGCGGGUUCUGAAUCUCAUGAUCUAUGCCAGCUACCAUUCCCGUCUUGAGAUCUCCUUCUUGAUGGAUGAGUUUGCCAAGCCACCAUCUCAUUCGCAGGAGGCUGACUCCAAAACAGUUAUCUCACCAGAUGCCAGCUCAAUCAUCACCCCGACCAUGGGAGCCUCGGAAAGCAUCAGCGAGGGCCUGGCCUCUGUCCAGGAUGGACUGGCUGAUGGAGUGGACGGCGAUCAAGUAGACAUCGUCAGCGAGCAGGCUUGGGCCGAGGAGCAAGAGUUGAAGGAGGAAGCAGACGGAGGGAAGUUGGGAUUCCGUGCCACCAUGUCCUCCAUGAAGAAGCGCAUCCAGGCCACCGUGGCCAGCGUGAAGGCCCAUGCCCACCCGGACGCUGAGCAGGAGCUGGUGAGCAGUCGCAACGGUGUCUUGGAUGCUUGCAGAGACAUUGAGACGUCAAAGGAAGCCACUGAGGUAGACACUCUGGAGAGAGACACUCAAGAAACUUGUCUUACAGAGGACCGUGGUGGAGACUCUACUGAGAGGACCGAGGAAUCCGUCGAAGAAGGAAAACUUGAGCCGGAACAGAUGACUGCAAAUCGCCUGACAAAACCUACCCCCGGGGAUUAUUCUGAACAGGCAGAAUCCUCAAGUGGCUUAACAAAGCCAGUUGAGUUGUCAGCAAACUGCGAUCCACCUGCGGAGAGUCUGAUGAAAGAAGCGAACCGACAUUCUCAGGGGUCAGUGCCUGAAUUUGACCACGAAGCAAUGACCAAAGAGAUUGAGUCCAAAUUCCUGGAGCAGAGGAGGCACAAGCUCAUCUCGGAAGACAGCACAUCGAUAGGAAGCCAUGAGGACAUUGCCAUCAUGUCCCCACAGCCCGUGGUUAAGACCAAGUCCCAUUUCUCCACUGCAUUGGAAGAGGUCCUGCUGUCCAUUUCCCCUCUCAUUAAAUUCAGCCUACCGUACUUGGAGACCAAAGCGGGCAAAGAGUCACGCCUCCGAUGUUUUUUCAAAUCGAAGGAUCUCUACUUGUCGCCGAAGCUGUACCCACCGUCAGAUCCUAAAAGCUCAGAACAUGGAGACAGUACAACCAAUACAGUUGGCGGAGACCUGGCAUAUCAUCAUCAUCUGAUUUACACCAACGUAGACCGCUGCAGCCGCACCUCCGAUGCCGUCAUCAUCAAGCCACCGCAUCCUUUAACGUUCUCACAGCUGACAGAAGACGCAAAAGACGAGACCACGCGAAGUCUCCUGGCCGACUUCCGGGCCCGCGGAGGCCGGAUCCUCCAGAGACCUGCGGUGGCUCCUCAUUCCAUGCAGCGGCAACUGACAGAAGCUCAGUCCAACGCCAGGGACAGUGCGGAGAUGGCCUACCGUCGCCGGCUGGACUGCCUGGAUAUCUACAACCACCAGCGGAUGCUGCUGCAGUUCUGCAGCUACUCGCACCUCUCCAGUAACGCUCCCAACCACUGCGUUGACCCCUGGACAGUCAACAUGGAUUUCUACAGCAGCAGACACGAUCUGACCCUUGGAGAAUUUCUGGAGAGAUACUGCUUCAGCACCAAAUACAAGUGCCCCAACGAGCUGUGCGAUGCAGAAAUGGUGGACCACGUUCGUCGGUUCGUCCAUGGCAACGCCUCGCUCCACGUCCUCCUGCGCAACCUGGAGAGCCCCAUCCCAGGAUUCACGGACAAGAUCCUGAUGUGGAGCUGGUGUCGCAAGUGCAGACAGGUUACCCCCGUCCAGCCCAUGUCCCUAGACAGCUGGCAUAUGUCCUUCGGCAAGUACCUUGAGCUCCGCUUCCACUGUAAGGACUACGGUCGUCGGCUGAGUGCCCUACCCUGCGGCCACUCCUUACACCGCCAUCACUACCAGUACUUUGGACAGCACAAUAUCGUGGCUUCCUUUAAAUACAGCCCCAUCCUCCUGAGAGAAGUCUGUCUGCCGCCCCUGCCUCUCAGCAUCCAGCAAGCCUUCCGGUCACACCCAGCCUCAGCUGAAGAAUUCAAGAACGUGUCUGCCAUGGGUGCCCAGCUGUUAAAGGAGAUCCUGGUAAAGAUUGAUACGCUGACAGGGAUGAAUGGGGCCAACCCUCAGGCACAGCAGUAUUUCGAGCAGAGGAAUGCUGAGUUUACUUCCAAGCAUCAGGUGGACAAUCACAAGUUUUGGCAGAAUGCCAAGGAUUUGCAGAGCAAGAUCACCACCUUGGCUAGCCUCAUGUCUGCGGUGGAUCAGCAGCCGGCAGAUAUUGUCAACACCCAGCUGGAUAUUGAAGACAGUGUGGUCAGUCUCAAGCACAUUCUGUGCCAGAUUGCCUUCAGCUGGAAUAACAGGUUCAGCGAGUUUGUUCAGCAAGAGAAAGAGCGAGCAAAGAAGAAAAACAGCCCGUCUGUUACCCGCCAAAACACUCCCAUCACAGAAAAAGAUGGUCCCAUGUCUAUAUCAGCUGCUGCCGCUGUCAGAGAUAUAGACCAGUUGUCACCGCAUGCCGGCACCCCUCCCAGAUCACCCAAUCGGUCGUUACCCACCACCCCCAGAGACAACUCCCCGUCCACACCCCUGGGCGCCUCCCUACCGGUCACCAUACCGCAAGCCAUGUGGCACAGUGUCCCCACCCCCCUGGAGGUACAGAAAGAAGAGAGCUUUGGCAGCGUUGACGAUGGGACCUUAGGAUCGUCACACUCACGCGAGGGUAGCGACAUCACUGCCAUCCCACCUUCCCUAGCCUAUCUUGACCACCUCGGUCUGCAAAAAAUGCCCAAUUAUGGGAUAUCACCGGGGCUGUACGCUGGCCUGGCCUACAAGCCACCGAAUGAGCCAGCUGACACCGUAAACACCGAUAAUGAGCUUCUUGUCAUUGAGAUGCCCGCCAAAGAAGACUCAGAACCAGAGGCAAGUUUAGCUCCUGCCACUGCGACAGAAUCUGCAGCAAACAAGGAGGGUGAAGACAAAGUGGCUGUUCUGCUGCCAGAGGGCCAGGAUCAGCCAGAUGCGACAUCGUCGAGAGGUGAGCUCCCGCCACCAAGCCCAGUCAAGACCAGGCAGAGCAACAGCACCAUGAAGACGUUCUUCAGCACGCUGUUACCGGGAAGCGAUUUGGCACGUGUAGAGAUGCCAUACACACCCAAUGAACAUCAUCUGUUGCCAUCGUGUACUGUCAUGCCAGUCAUCAUAUAUGAUCAAGAAUCCAGCUCUAUUAUUGCAUACGCACUCAGUUCGGAACAGUACAAGACACAGCUGUACGAGCUCCAGCAGCCGGACUUUCCCAAGCCAAGCGAGGGCGCUCUACAGCCCGGCAGCAACCCCGGCUCCAGGAACACCAGCCCCACCACGCGGCGGCACGCAUUCGCAGACAGCACGCAGGGGACGGCCGAGGGCAAGGAACGACCCAAGAAGGGACAGCUGACCAAAAGAUCAAGCCGAGGUGUCAUAUCGUUCCUGCGGAGUAAAAUACCAGACAGUCCGAGCAGUGCCUCGCCGGGCAGCCAGCGAAAAGAAGAAAGUCACUUUACCUACUCAGACACAAUCCACUAUCAUGUGACUGCAGAUGAGUCAACGUCAUCCUUCUCCACAGAGAACAAAGAUGAAACAGACUUUGAAUUCUUCAAAAGUGGAAUGGAGAAGAGGGAUGCCUCAUCUCCCCACAUUGACCUACAAUUUUCAGACGCCACCAACACGCAGUUCUUCUGCCUAGUGUACCACGCCGAUGAAUUCCUGAACCUCAGGAAGCUGGUCUUCCCAGCCGGGGAAGAGACCUUCAUCCGAUCGUUGUCGCGUUCCAUCACGUGGCUGGCUCAGGGUGGAAAGUCGCGCUCCAAAUUUCUCAAGACAAAAGAUGAUAGAUUUGUGCUGAAGCAGAUAUCCCGUUUGGAGUUCCAGUCUUUCAAGGAAUUCGCACCGCACUAUUUCAAGUACAUCCAGCAAGCACACGCAGAGCAGAGACCCACCACCUUAGCCAAGAUCCUAGGGGUCUACAAAGUGGGCUACCACAACCCCAUCACCAACACUGCCCAGAAACAGGUCCUCCUCAUCAUGGAGAACCUGUUCUACCAGCGGCGCAUGGCCCAGGUCUUUGACCUGAAGGGCUCCAUCCGCAACCGCCACGUCAAGACCACGGAGAAGGGACAGCAGGACUUGGUCCUGAUGGAUGAGAAUCUCUUGAAACAUAUGGUGGACUCGCCCCUGUUCAUACGCAGCCACAGCAAAGCCGCCCUGACCAUGGCCGUCCACUACGACAGUAUGUUUCUUGCCAGUCACUUCAUCAUGGACUACUCGUUGCUCGUGGGUCUGGACGCAACCUCCGACGAACUUGUAGUUGGCAUCAUCGACUACAUCCGCACAUUCACGUGGGACAAGAAGCUUGAGAUGAUGGUGAAAUCUACAGGCAUCGUGGGGGGACAAGGUAAAAUGCCGACGGUGGUCUCUCCAGAGCUUUACCGGACACGUUUCUGUGAGGCCAUGGACAAGUACUUCUUACUCGUCCCAGAUCGCUGGACCAAUCUUGGACAAGAGUUUUAACUCCCCACACAUAGUGUUGUUGUUUUUGCCAAAACCAAUCCCAGCAUUGAUUUAAAAUCUCCUGACGCAAAUCCCAUCCUAUAAAAUAGUUUGGUUGCGUUAAACACUGCUACAUGAGAAACGAACCAGCCAGCCAACCCCAGCAAGCUCGGUGGUCGAGUGGUAAGACAUCUGCACUAGUAAGCUGGAGAUGGUGGGUUCGAGUCCCACCGAGCUUGUGAAUAUUUUCUUGCAAGCCUCAGACAACACUGAGGUAACGGUGUUAAUGAAAAAAUAUAUCGAUGAAGGGCAAAACCCAACAUUAAAAUGACAUCUCCCUGAUGCUAAGUCCAUUCUACAGUAUAUCCCCCAAAAACUGUCGGUCUGACUAUUCUUGAAGUAACUACAAAACCAUGAAGUCAAUUUUGAAAAUUUUUGAUUACUCAAUUGUCAAAUGAUCACAACAUUUUUGGAC